AUGGUCGUGCAGACGAGGAACAAACUCAAAGAGUUGCCGUCCAAGGGGGUCCAGUCUCCCCGCUGCCCCUUGCGGAACCGCCGGGCCACGGGCAGCAGCGAGCGGGGGCCCCCGAUGGAGGGCAAACGCGACGUGGGGUCGCGGCCCUCGACACCUGCGCCCAUGCACCUGCCAGGCGGCGGCCGCGGCUACAAGGGGCUGGCCCGGGGGGUGCGCCUGCGGCGGCUGCUGAUCAGCGGCCUGCAGCGCCUCACCGGCCUGCUCCUGGAGAAGCUGCCGGGGCUGCAGCACUACCAGAGCUACUCGUGGAACCUGACGCUGGCCUUAGGUGCCUUUGUGGGAGUUUUGCACUGGGCUCAUUUAACAACUCUUUUUGAGAAUGAUCGCCAUUUUUCCCACCUUUCAACCUUGGAAAGGGAGAUGACGUUUCGCACUGAAAUGGGACUUUACUAUUCCUACUUCAAGACCAUGAUAGAAGCACCUUCAUUUCUGAGAGGACUAUGGAUGACUAUGAAUGAUAGACUUACUGAAUUUCCUCUUGUGAUUAAUGCAGUGAAACGCUUUCAUCUUUAUCCAGAGGUAAUCAUAGCCUUCUGGUACCGCUUGUACACUGGAACAAUGGACCUCACCGGCAUUCAAACAAAGAUGUGCUGGAAUGUUUCCAGAGGACAAGGGCUUAAUCCAGUCGAAAGCUGUGAAGGACUGGGAGACCCUGCUUGCUUUUAUAUUGCUGUGAUUUUUGUUUUAAAUGGACUAAUGAUGACAUUAUUCUUCUUAUAUGGCACAUACCUAAGUGGAAGUCAAGUUGGAGGUCUAAUUACAGUACUGUGCUACUUUUUCAACCAUGGAGAGUCUACACGUGUGAUGUGGACUCCACCCCUCCGAGAAAGUUUUUCAUACCCAUUCCAUGUACUUCAGAUGCUGCUUAUAACUCAUGUUCUCAGGUCUCGACAGAAUUGUAAGAAAGACUUCAUUGCACUCAUUGUGUCUAAUGUUGCUUUCAUGCUUCCUUGGCAGUUUGCUCAGUUUAUUCUUUUUACACAGAUGGCCGCAUUAUUUCCUAUGUAUGUUGUGGGGUAUAUUGAGCCGUACAAAUUUCUGAAGAUCAUCUUUGUGAACAUGGUUUCUAUUGCAAUCUGUUUUAUUUUAAUGUUUGGAAAUCGCACAUAUUUGUCAUCUUAUUUUGCCUCAUCUUUGAUAGUAACGUGGGGUAUCAUGAAAAAAAGAAAUAAAAUCCAAAAAUUGCAGUCAUCCGAAGGUACCUUUUGGUUAAUUCAGUGUUUUCUUUGGUGGAGUGGAACAAUCAUUUUGAAAAUGACGUUAUCUCAACUCUUUGCUGUUUCAGAUCAUAUUCAACUUAGUGACCUCAUAACUGCCAGAAUUUUAAGAUACACAGAUUUUGACACUUUAAUGUACACCUGUGCGCCUGAAUUUGACUUUAUGGAAAAGGAGACUCCACUGAGGUACACAAAGACAUUACUGCUUCCAGUUAUUGCUAUGAUUUCUUAUUUAAUCUUUAGAAAGGUGAUUCCUGACAUUUUAUAUAUGCUGUCUACAGGGGAAACCUUUAGCAGAAAACAGCUUGACCAGGAUGAGUCAAGGAAUCCACCCACAAUUCUGGUAGUUUUUCAUGAAUUGCAGCUAUUUGCAUUUGCUCUUCUUGCUAUUUUCAUUAUGAGGCUGAAGCUAUUUUUGACACCUCACAUGAGUGUUAUGGCUUCCUUGAUCUGCCUCUAAACACUCUUUGGCCGGCUCUUUGACAGAGUUCGUUUUGAGAAUUUUGUCUUUGCCCUUCUAACAGUGAUGUCAAUUCAAGGUUGGCUAAACCUUCAGAGUCAAUGGAACGUCAUAGGAGAAUUCAGCAAUGUCCCACAGGAAGAGCUUCUCCAGUGGAUCAGGCAGAACACCAGACAUGAUGCUGUUUUUGCAGGGGCCAUGCCUACAAUGGCAAGUGUCAAACUGUCUACACUUCGCCCUAUUGUCAAUCACCCACAUUAUGAGGACGGAGGAUUGAGGGCCAGAAUUAAGAUAGUUUAUUCUGUCUAUAGUCGAAAAACAGCUAAAGAAGUAAGAGACAAACUAUUGCAAUUGCAUGUGAAUUAUUACAUCUUAGAAGAGGCAUGGUGCCUUGUAAGAACUAAGCCUGGUUGCAGUAUGCUUGAAAUCUGGGAUGUGGAAGACCCUGUGAAUGCUGCCAAACCUUCCCUGUGUAGUAUCCUCGUCAAGGAUGGCAGGCCUCACUUCACCACUGUGUUCCAAAACAGCGUGUACAGAGUCUUCAAAGUGAACUAG